GCGGAAAUUACUCAACUAGCUGCUUUAUCACGCUCUACUCCAGACAUUUCUUGUUCAUCAUUGCUGUUAGUAGGCACUGGACACAAUUCACUGUUGAUUAUCGAUCCGCAGACUUUCAACGCCAUCAAUAGAACUUCCGGAUGUACCUACGUCUAUCAAAAGUAGUGGGUAUUAUGACACGGAAGCUGUUAUAUUGAUCGGCACGCCAGAAGCAGGUGUCUUCAUACUGCGAUCCGAUCAGAAGCCUAUACAAGCCAAACCAUUUUUGCCACCGAGAUCACCGAUAGUGGAAAUUGCUUUUAAUGGAACUACCGGUUGCCAUCGCGACCAGUGAUCACACUAUUAGAUAUUACACUUUGCAGGGACAAGAGUUGCGCAAAAUUGCCGUUGACACUUUUAUAUUGACAAUUACGUGGAUCCAAUCGACGAAUCAGGAACUUUGCCUUUUGGCUGUAUCACUUGCCAACGGACAAGUUCAUUUCUAUCGGCAGGGUAUUCUUGUAGAACAGUUGCAUUUCAAAACGUAUAUCAUCUCGAUGACGUUUGGUCGGUAUGGAAGAGAAGACGGCACUUUAGUUAUGGUUUCCAAAGAUGGUGAGCUGUUUGUGAAAAUUCUUAAUCGUGGGUAUAAAAUGGCCCAGCAAACGGAUUUGAAAAGCAAUAAAUCAUCCGUCUCCAUUUGUAAGAAAAAAGCUCUUGGGCCAGCAAAGACGAAGCUAUUUGUUGAUCAAACGAUGCGAGAAAAAGAAGAUCCAGCAAAAAUGUAUCAGCUCUUUCAAGAAGGAAUGUGCCGCUUACAUCUAAGAGCUCUACGCGACUGGUUGAAUUUAUCUUCAAGUACGAAAGCAGAUGUAGAACAGUUCGACCGGAAGAAAGCCGAUGCCUACAUCUUGUUGCGAAACUGUUAGGUUCUGGGUCCCGGUUUAUGUUGCAUCUUUUACUGCAGAAUAUCAGCGAUCAAGUUAUCGAUAGCCUAACAAUCAUGCUGCAAGUCAACGAUGGUAAAC